UAUUCUGGGUGUAUAGAAUCUUUUGUCACAGUGCAAGUAGAGUAUUAAUUUACCAGAACCCUUUAAAAUGUUAACAAUAAAAAGGGCUUAAAGAAACAUGUGACGUAUAAUCUGGAAAUUGUAUGAUCAAGGAGAGAAUUUAUCAAAGUUUUAAGAGGAACUGGUUGAGUGCAUAGAUUAAAAACUGUUGGUUAGAAAGUCUGGAACUGGCAGCCGGAUUGCAAAGCCAGUCAAGCCCUUCAGGAGUAAAGUUAGGAAACCCUUCUACAGAAACGGCUCUGAAUUUUCUUUUGUAAACAGCAAAUGAUGUGAAAUCUGUCUUUGUUAACCAGUCAUAUUAAAAGAUAUUGAGAGGGAGAAGUGGCCUUGGAAGCAUGAAGAGACGGCGAUACAUUAAGUUGAUGGUGGUGUUGCUGAUGUUUCUAGCCAUAUUCUUCUAUUACAUAUUUAAUUAUAAAUACAGUGGUGGUGUUCACGGUAGGAAUGUCACCUUGAUUCUGCAGUUUACUGGAGUGAAGAAAAAGGAGGUCAUUCCAACUAAACGUGAAAACAGGAACCCAUUCUUGUGUCCUUCAGACAUCAGCUACAAAAGUUGGCCUACUACUAGGAUGACCAUGCCAGAAACCCUGCCAUUUGGUACAUUGAGCACAGAAAGAUAUUUCCAAGCAGCUCUUAAUAACUUGCAGCACUGCGAUCUUCCAGAUCAACUGAAGAACUUAUCUUGUCUGCGGUGCAUUGUUAUUGGCAAUGGAGGAGUGCUUCGAAAUAGGACCCUGGGGAAAAAAAUCAACUCCUAUGAUGUUGUCAUCAGAUUAAACAAUGGUCCUGUGAUUGGAUACGAAAAUGAUGUUGGGAAUAAAACAACAUUUAGGUUCUGUUACCCAGAAUCUAUUUUUAAUGACCACAGCCAGCAUGAUGCCAACACAACAAUGGUUUUCGUUCCCUUUAAGGCUGUAGAUUUGCGAUGGUUAAAAGAAGUGCUUUUAAAGAAGAAAGUGUCCUUGCGUGGCUUCUGGAAAAAACCACCCAUGGAACUUACUUACAAGAAUACUCAAAUUAGGAUACUAAACCCUUCUGUUGUCCAGAAAGCAGCUUUCAAAUUACUGAAUCUUCCGAAAGUAUUUCCAGGGCCAAAGCCACCUCAAUAUCCAACAACUGGGAUCAUUGCAAUAUCGAUGGCACUUACCAUGUGUGAUGAAGUUCACAUAGCUGGCUUCAAAUAUGAUAAUAAGAAUCCUAAUAGUACUUUGCAUUAUUAUGGCAAUGAAACCAUGUCAGCCAUGAGAAAGAUGCUGUAUCAUAAUGUUACUGCUGAACAAAAACUUUUGAAUGAGUUGAAAUCAUCCAAUAGAAUUUUUGAUUUGAUUGGAAAUUUUUGAAAAGAAGUUUGACAUUGAUCUUUACAAAACCACUAUGGAACCAAUAUUGGUGGACCACAACCUCUCAUGUUGUCUUGAGCUUCCUUCACCUGUACUGGGAACACACUGCACUGAUUUUUGGACCACAAAAAUUUUGGCACAGAAGACUGGAACAAUGCCAUGUGGAAAAGUGGGAGCUGCAGAUUCUCUGAGGUAUUGAAGCUGCACUCCAGCACUCGGCAACAAACGAUGUAAGAAGGUUUAUUUGCUGACAAGAAUUGUCAUGGUUGAAACAGGAUUUUUACUAUUAAAACCACUUUUUAAAAAGAUUUGGUUCAUCAUGAUAUUGCCUUUGUUUCUGUAAAUGAAAGAAAAAUGUUUUUUUGUGAUUGCUGAUUAUGUCAAGUUGGUUAGUGGUAUAAUGAAAGUGAAUUUGCACAGGACAGAUGCACUAUUUAUUUCUUUUAUUAUUCCAAGCAAAAUUCUUGAGCAUUGUACCUCAGUGAUGAUUCUGACAGCUAACUUGAAGAGUAAUAAAUUAAUGUCAAAUUAAUUUUAUAAAAGAUUUUUAAUUGGGAUAAAAUGAUGAAACUAUUUCAAAUAAAAAUAUUUGAAAUUCCCUGAAGGGAAAUUAUCUUUUGACAAUUUACAUUUAAACUUUACAAGGCUGAGGGAUACAUAAUGUUCAUUCAAGUUUCUCUUUGCUGUUGCAAGCUGCAUAUGAGUUGUUUUUUUUUCAUUCUUGGCAUAGUUCUGUAACUUGUUUAUCAAGAUGGCUGUAAAUACACUGAAUUUUUGUAGCCUGGCUUGCUAAUUAUUUCCAGCAAUUUCUGUCUUUAAAUUGGAAACGUUAAUCCACUUGUCCAUUUCAUUCUGUACAAAAGGCAUGUUUCAACAAAGAUGGAGAGUUGUGCAGAAUUUAUACACAGUGUAAGCUACAUGGGGCAUACAGUGUCAUGGGCAUACAGUGUCAUACGCAUACCCAAAACUGGAGUCCUGAAAUAGAAAUUCUAUUCCAAGCUCUCUCAUUGGAGAAUGUAACCAGGUGGAUAGAAGAAAAGAUUCAAGGACAUGCUCAAAAUUCUUGAGGAUCUCUGGCUCAUGACUACUUGAAGUGGAGACAGAGCAUCCAGGAUGAUAAAGAACCACAAGGCCAUACUAACAAAAGCAUGCAGAUUCCCUAUUUACUCAUAUAACUGCUCUAUGAGCCACCACAGGCCCUAAUUGCUUGAUUCUGCAGUUCCUUCAUGAGCAGUUUCAAAACCCACAAAAUACAAAUAUUCAACUUCAUGUGACGUGUAAAACAAUAUUGAAUAAUUAUGUCCCCUUUUAUUAGUUUCCUCUUCAAUCAAGCCAUAUCUUCAUGCAUUAUGUUGUAUGGUUUCUUGACAACCUGUCAAACUGGCCACUUCCUCUGCAGUUUGAGAAUAAAGUUUUCACUUUAGAAAAUGAAAAUCUCCCACCACUGUGAUCUAUGUCGGUUACAUUGUGAGAUACUCUUUACAAUCUGCUAAUUAAGAAAUGAAUCCAAGCCAUGCUACACCAGUGAA